AUGAAUGCGAUGAUCGGUUGUCGUUGCCACCGGCGGUUGGAAACCAACGAGCACCGCCUGUACUUUACACGCAUCGGAAAGAGAAAGAAAGACUAUAUUGUGGGUCCCUUUGGAUUCUCUAACUCUCCGCAGGAGUCGGUCAACCUUUUGGGUUUCCUUCGUUGGUUCUCGGUCUCGUUGUCGUCGCUCGAGGACGUCUUCCGUCUCAGUCGCGUCAUAGUCUUUGCCCCAUCGGCGGUAGCGGAUUCUUGCUCUCCGUUCUCCCCCUCUCUUUCUCUUUCAACGGCGACGCAUGGUAGUCUUUCCCUCCACGCUCGACUGGCGUCGCUCCUCGCGAUUUCCGUAAGAUCUGGGCUUCGCUUCUGCGAUCUUCUCGGGUUUCGUUUUAAUAUGCUCAAGCACGGUGCUGAUAGUUCCAAGGCAAAGAAGAGGUGGAAGCUAAGCUCCAAGCUAUGAACAUAGUUUCCGUGUUGGGUAUAAAGUUAUUACAUUAAUCUACAAACAUUUUUGGCUUGUUUGCUACAUAGUUAAUAUACAGCUGCCGUGAACAGAGCAAAGAUGGUAACUAUUACAUUAGUAACCACCUCAGUUUCAAAGUUAUGUACCAUAAAACGCAGAAUCCGACGAUGCUCAAUUUGUUGGCUUUGAGGUGAUUCCAAGUUCCAAUUGGGUACUGAUGUUCGUUCAGCUUCACAGUCCAAUAAGUUCUUUUGGCAAUGUCUAGCAUCAUGCUGGCUAUAGCAGUCACAAGUUUUGAAACAUUAUCUUGCUAUCAUUGUACUGCAGAGAUACAGCAUGGCGAAACUUUUUUUCUGUUAAGUUUAAAUGAGCGACAACUACAGCACAAAUCUUGCUGAAAUAUUAUGUGAUAAAUUUGGAGAUAUAAGAAAACAAAGAUAUAGAAUAAGUGAUCUUUUUGCAAAUGCAUAUUAAAUAAGAUCGCAGAAAGAUUGAUCUCUAAGCUUCCAAGCAGUGGAAUUUAUAUUGCUGUCUUGUUUAAUUUCAGCAGUAACUAUUCUUCUCUGAUUGAUUAUGAGUGUCUUCUAGUUGGCUGCUUGGCUUUAUAAACUUUGCUACAAUAUGAGCAAUAUUUUGUUUAUUAAAUAUCAGUAGUUUGGAUGAGCUGAAGCUUUAAGCCAUUCUAUAGUGAAUAAAUAUACUGUAUUUGACUGGAAUGGAAAUAAGAAGUCCAAGAUUGAUAUCCUUUUCCUAGAAUAGCAAAGACCAAUGACAGUUCUAUGUUAAUCGUUUGAUAGGCAUUCCUGCUACAAUUUUUCUGUAUGGCCUUAGAUGUAAGAGAUUGAGAAGCCUUUUUCAAUAACAAAAGAGCUACAAUUGUUGUCUGUAGUAACGAGAGAAUAAUAUAAUUUAUCUACCUUGGCUAGUUGCUGUUUCAGAAUUGGUUUUCCUAUCCACACCCAUAUUAAUCUUUCUACUGUCUAUAUGUUCUGACUUAUAUAUAUGGAUGUUUUUUCUGUUUUACCUGAGUCAUCUCAUUUCUAUCAUGAUCUAUAUCUGUUCUAAUUAAUCUGAAGCACUUUCAAACAGUGUUUCCAAAAUUUGGCAGUUUUUUGAACUGUUAACUGAUUUUUUGUGAAUGGUUAGCCUGGGCCAUAAAUGAUACAUUCACAUUGCUUUUGUAUUGAAUAAGAUUCAUUCAAAUUAGAUCGUACAAGUGAUUACGUUUCUCAUAUGUUAAUUUAAUGUUAUAUAUUGGAUGAUAACCUACAUAAAUUUUCUUUUCAUCUGCCCCUCGGAAUAAGUUGAUUCAUGAUUUUUUUUUUACCUCAUUUUUGGUCUUGUGAACAGUGUGAAGCAUGACUAUAGCGACUGGGACGAUAAGAACCCUAAAGUUUCUACAUGCAAUGCAGACACUAAAAUAAUGCCUGGUAGCAAUACACCCCAAGAGGUAGCUGCCAACAACUACAUGGUCAUGUCUUUAGACCGCCAAUCAACUUUGGGCUUCUUUGUGUUUAUUGAGGAACCAGAGUUCAAUUCUUUGUGAUGACUUUGGUCACUAUGAUUUUUUCACUAUGAUUUUUGCACUACGAGGCUCUCUCUCCCUCCAACCAUGGAGGUCUGAUGACUGCUAUGGUUCUCCUGUGGGUUUUUAUGGGCCUAUUUGCUGGAUUUUCUUCAGCUUUCCUCUGUAAAUAUUCACGGGCACUGCUUUUAUGUUUCCUGGCAUUGUCUUUGCCAUUUUCUUUGUGCUGAAUGCUCUUGUUUGGUGGGAGAAAUCAUCUGGUGUAGUUCCCUUUGGGACUAUGUUUGCCUUGGUGUUACUAUGAUUUGUCAUAUCUGUUCCUCUGAUGUUUGCUGGGAGCUAUAUAGGCAACAAAACGCCAACUCUUGAAGAUCCAGUGAAGACAAACAAGAUCCCCAGGCAGAUACCUCAGCAAGCUUGGUAUAUGUAGCCGUUGUUUUCUAUGCUAAUUUACGGUGGGAUACUACCUUUUGAUGCUGUUCUUAUUGCACUCUUGUUCCUCCUGACCUCGAUGUGGCUGAUCCAGUUUUAUUACAUCUUGGCAUCCCUUCAUCAUCCUUGUUGUGACGUGUGCAGAAAUAACAAUUGUGCUUUGCUACGUCCAGCUGUGCCGUGAAGACUAUUACUGGUCAUGGAGGGUGUAAUUUGACUGCAGGUUCUUUACAAAGUUAGAGAUAACUAAAGUGGUCUCUGUAGUCAUUUACUUGUGAGUACAUGUUCAUUGUAUCAUAUGCAUUCUUCAUGUUGAAUGGCAUGGUUUGCUUUUA